AGACGACAAAUGUUGGUCUAGUUAAGAAUAAAAAACAGAACAAGCGGCAUGAAAACAGUAACGUUUACGGCUCCUGUAAAUAUAGCUGUUGUUAAAUAUUGGGGGAAAAGAGAUGACAAGCUUAUAUUACCAUUAAAUUCUUCUUUAAGUGCUACCCUUGAUCAAGAUGUGAUGUGCGCAAAGACAACUGUAGCUUGUUCAAAGGAAUUUAAAGAAAGUUCUUUGUGGCUAAAUGGCAAAAGAGAAGAUAUUAAUUCGACUCGUAUUCAGAAUGUAAUAAAGACAAUAAAAAAGUUGGCCUUAGAAAAAAAUCCAUCCAAUGAAAUCAUUAGUUGGAACGUUGAAAUUCGCUCUUGUAAUAACUUUCCUACUGCUGCAGGAUUAGCCUCCUCUGCUGCUGGAUUUGCUUGCUUGGUUAGUGCUUUGGCUAAUCUCUAUGAAAUUGAAGGAGAUCUCUCUGAGAUAGCCAGACAGGGAUCGGGAAGCGCUUGUCGUAGUGUUUUAGGAGGAUGGGUUGCUUGGGAUAAAGGAACGAAUAGUAAAGAUUCUAUAGCACGCCAAAUAGCAGAUGAAAAUCAUUGGCCUGAUAUGCGAGUUCUAAUAAUAGUUGUUAAUGCUGGUCAUAAAUCAACGACAAGUACUGGAGGAAUGGCUCGAAGUGUCGAAACAAGCCGCCUCUUAGAAUUGAGAGCUAAAGAAAUUGUACCAGAUAUGAUGAGAAAAAUGGAAAAAGCUAUUUUACAAAAAAAUUUUGAUGAGUUUGCUGAAUUAACAAUGAGAGAUAGUAAUCAACUACACGCCAUCUGUCUCGAUACAUAUCCACCAAUAUCUUAUAUGAAUGAUACUUCCCGAUUUAUUCAAUAUGUUGUUCAUUCCAUUAAUGACUUUCAUCAAACUAAUAAGGUGGCAUACACUUUUGACGCUGGUCCAAAUGCUUGCCUUUAUCUUUUAGAAGAAAAUGCACAGCUCGUGACGUCUCUUUUAUGCAAAUCAUUUCAAAUUGGUGCAGAAGUCUUUAGAGGAAACGAAAUCCCUAAGUUGAAUGAAAAUAUAGACUCGUUAUUAAUGGAGAAAAUUAAUAAUUACUGGAGAAAAUUCGACGCAAACGAUAUUCAACAUUGCAUUUAUACAAAGGUUGGAAAAGGUCCUAGUCCUACAGAAGAUCAUAUAAAAUCUAUUAAAUAA